AUGCCAGCAACACAAGCAGCGCCCACGGCGGCUGGGGCGCCACAACCCCCAAAGGAAAAGAUCCCCGAAGGAGGAGAGACACAGCAGGACUACAAGCUCGUCACGUUUUCGGAAGGAGACCCUGCAAACCCCAAGAACUGGUCGAAAGCGUACAAGUGGUACUGUACCAUGGUCGUCGCCAUCACCUGUUUCGUCGUCGCCUUUUGUUCCUCCGUCAUCACUGCCGAUGUCGACAGUGUAGCUCAUGAGUUCGGCAUCAGCCACGAGGCCGCUCUCCUCCCCAUUACCGUUUUCGUCGUUGGUUUCGGUGUUGGUCCCAUGGUCUUCGCUCCGCUUUCCGAAGUCUUUGGAAGACAGAUCAUCUAUGGCACAACGCUUCUCAUGGCCGUUGUCUUUACCAUUCCCUGCGCCGUCUCCAAGAACAUCGGUACCCUCAUUGUCUGCCGCUUGAUCGACGGUAUUGCCUUCUCCGCGCCCAUGACCCUGGUCGGCGGUACUCUUGCCGAUUUGUGGAGGAACGAGGAGCGUGGUGUCCCCAUGGCUGCCUUUUCUGCUGCUCCUUUCAUCGGUCCUGCUAUCGGUCCUCUCGUCGGUGGUUGGCUCUGCCUCGCCGGCUGGCGCUGGCUCUACUGGAUCCAGCUCAUCCUGGCCUUCGUCGUCUGGGUCCUCAUCACCUUCACCGUCAAGGAGACCUACGCACCCACCAUCCUCGGUCGCCGCGCCAAGAACCUCCGCAAGCAGACCGGUGACAACUCGUACGUGACCGAGGGCGAUCUCGACCAGCGUCCCUUCUCGGAGCGCAUGUCCGUCUUCCUGAUUCGGCCCUUCCAGCUCUUGUUCCGCGAGCUCAUCGUGUUGCUCAUCUCGCUCUACAUGUCGGUCCUCUACGGUCUUCUCUACAUGUUCUUCGUCGCCUACCCCGUCGUCUUCGAGGGCGGCAAGGGCUACUCGCACGGCCAGACGGGCCUCAUGUUCAUCCCGCUCGCGGUGGGAGUCAUCUGCUCGGCCAUGUGCGCCCCCAUUGUCAACAAGCACUACCUCACCCAAGUCCAGAAAUACAACGGCAAGCCGCCCGCCGAGGUCCGGCUGAUCCCCAUGAUGGUCUCGUGCUGGUUCAUCCCCAUCGGCCUCUUCAUCUUCGCCUGGUCCUCGUACCCGCGCCUGAUCUGGGUCGGCCCCUGCCUCGCCGGCUUCCCCAUCGGCUUCGGCUUCAUUUUCCUGUAUAACGCAGCCAACAACUACCUGGUCGACUCGUACCAGCACCAGGCCGCGUCCGCGCUCGCCGCCAAGACUUUUAUUCGUUCCUUCUGGGGUGCCGGCACCGUCCUGUUCACUGAGCAGAUGUACCACCGCAUGGGCGACCAGUGGGCCUCGACCUUUUUGGCCUUUUUGGGUCUGCUGUGCUGCGCGAUCCCCUUCGCUUUCUGGAAGUUUGGCGCUCGCAUCCGCAAGAGAUCCAAGUACGCUUAUGGUGGUGAUGAUGGUGAGGAGGAUAGCCAUGAUUCGGAUAUUGAGAACCAGAAGAACGAACGCGAUCCUAAUGCGCCGCUGGUUCAUGACCAGUUGGCGUUGGAGAGGGCAAGGUCUUAUGUUAGCAACCCUUAA